AGAUGCUGGGCCUAUGAUAGCCGAGGCGAUGACAAGCAUUGUCCCAUUACCCAAUCACAUCGCUGGUACUAUCAAGCUAUUUACAUACGCUUCAGAAAAUCGCAACGAACGGUUUGCGAGUAUGCUAUCGCUAAAAUCUUUGCUGGCGAACUGAUGGUCUUGUUUUGAUGCUUAAAUUUAAAAGCUUGUUAAAGUUGGAAACUGGCUGAACAACAGAGGACAUGAGAAAAGCUCAUGAUAUGCAAACGCGGCAAGUCGUUCCUAGACAAGCUUUCUUCCAGGAGCAAGCGCCUUUUUAUUCUACUUCUUGUGGUUUCAGCGAUUUCAACGUAUGUACUUUACGGUAACACCUCUAGAAACAACCGCACGCUGAAGGUUCCCCAUCUAAAUAGUUUGAAAAAUUUGGACAAGAAACCGACAAUUUCGUCUGAUGUCAAGUCACGGACAACGAGCCGGACUGCUCGACAAAGUUCGAAUCUAGAACACGUGUCUUCGGUAGCGUCGUCGGAUUUCAAAACAACAUUAAAUCCGAUCGAUACUUCCAGUCGAGAGCAGAAGAUUCCGUCGAAAUUUUUCGAAGAAGAAACCAAACGCAAAACUCCGGAAGAUGUUGGUCGUCGCGGUCAGAGAGGCUCCCACAUCGACAAGUACUCUAGCAAAGGCGUUGACAAGAAAGGGAAUUAUUCUCUGUCUUCGGCAUCAAAACAAGGCGAUCGGAAACAGUUGUUGAAUUUCGACAGUCAAGUUGAAGAUGAUGAAGAUAGCGAUGUUUCUGAAUUUGACCUCGAGGAGGGAGAAAAUAGGAAGCGACUUCCAAAUGCUAUCAUAAUCGGUGUGAAGAAAGGAGGAACGCGCGCGCUUCUGGAAAUUUUAAAGAUUCAUCCGAGCAUUCGAGCGUCUAGCAGCGAAGUUCAUUUCUUCGAUCGAGAUGAAAAUUACGAGCAAGGGCUCGAGUGGUAUCGCCAACAAAUGCCAACUUCGUUACCGGGUCAAGUCACAAUCGAGAAAUCACCGAGUUAUUUCAUUACUCCAACAGUACCGGAGAGAGUGUAUCGAAUGUCCAAGUCUGUUAAACUCAUUGUGAUCGUGCGCGACCCAACACGACGAGCUAUAUCGGAUUAUACGCAGUCGCUAGGACGAAAACCCGACAACCCGCCUUUUGAGGAAAUGGCAAUCAAAGAUAAUGGUGAAGUUGACGAAGACUGGAGUAAAAUCGCGUUUGGGCGUUACGCCGAACACCUCGCGCUGUGGUUGAAAUACUUCCCUUUCAGUCAAAUUCACUUUGUGAGCGGAGAAGAACUGAUCAGAAGGCCCGCGAAGGAGAUCAAACUCGUCGAACGAUUUCUCAACAUAAAACCCUUCAUUACAGAGAACAACUUCUACUUAAACGAAAGCAAAGGAUUUCCAUGCUUUGUGGGCAAAAUCUCAAACAGCGGAAUUGUGAGCAGAGCGCACUGCAUGGGUGAGACAAAAGGACGAAAACAUCCUGCUGUACACGAAGAGGUUUUGAAGCGUUUACGCGAAUAUUUUCAUCCACUUAAUGAGAAAUUUUAUUCUAUGGUGCAGCGAAACUUUAACUGGUGAGGAUCUGUUAAAACUUACGCCGAAACUAGAGAUCCGUUUGGGCUUAUAAGUAGUUGAGGUAUUUGAAGUUAAAUACUGUUUACUUUGCGAUUGAUACAAUCAUUCCGCCCGCACCAAACACAAACAUAUAAAGAAAGAAUAAGCCAGAAUUCGUAAUUUCCAUAGACUCAACAAUGGGCACUUUACAAUGUAGGAGACGCGAAUAAAAAUCUUUUGCGUGCAGUUUUUAAUUGAAAUUGACAGCUGGUCCUAUUAUUUAUUCAAUUUCACAGGCUUUAAUAUUUAUUCGCACAGGGGGCAUUUGGAAAUCAAACAAUUUGAGACAUGUACAUUCAAAGCUUAUUGAGACACUGAUAACGUACACAGUGCCAAGGGCUUUUCCGGAGAGAAGAGGUAUAUUUUUAGAAUCAGCAAGCUUACUGUCAAUUUUCUUCCUCAACAUUAGAAUGAAAUGCUCUUUGCUAUAAUUUGUAUAAAGAUUUUUAUCUCCCAAUUAGUUUCAUUCUGUACACCUGCAUGCUCCUCUGAGGGGAAUCAGCUGACUUUAAAUAUAUUUAGGUCAGUUGUAAGUAACAUUAAUUCCUCCGUCAUACAUCUUAUUAUUGAGAUUAUUUUUGGUUAGUGUAACCAAUUCUUCUGAUAAACCCAGGGAUUUAACUGUUACAACUAUUGUUAUGUACUUGCAAGAUAGUUGGAUGGUAACAACAGGCGAUUUGAUGGCGUCAUUUGACUGCAACUACCAGAAGUGUUCACUUUUUGUGUUUCUUAUGCUAAUUAGAGUAAUUGUUAUUUAAACCCCACUGGGGCUUCAAAAUUUAAAUAAUAAAGAGAAAACGAAAGGAAUUCUGGUAGUAGUAGUCAAAUGAUGACAACAUGCAAAUUUGCUAUUCUGAGAACUGCCAAAUAGGUUGAGCAAGUAGGCCAAAUGUCCAAAUUUUGUUGCCCCUCAAGGUUUGCAAUUUCAAAAAAUUCUAAUUUACAAAGGAAAUGCUGAACAAAUUCUCCAAACAUCAUAAAAUUCAGUUGAAGCAAGCAAUAUUUAAUCAAACGUGAAAAUGCCCGAGCAGUUUCUUUAUUGUUUAGUUGCACCACAUUUGCAAUCCUCAGGCUCAGUUCAGACGUUGUCCUUCUGCCAUGCCAAACUAAAUUUAGGAAUUAAGUUCGACAAAAGCAAAGCAGAAGCACGGCGCCUGAAUCAAACUUUUGAAUUAAGUACAGUGAGCAAUUAAGUUUGACAAGCUCUGCCGUGCUACACGACUCUGGCAUGGCAGCGAUUCAAACAUCAUGCUUUUGUUGCACCAAACAAAAUUCAUAACCUGUGUUAAUGUAUUUUGGCAAGAUUGUGUUCCCACGGGAAGUUAGGAAGACAAUUGUUACAGGGCAUCAGUAAAUCCUGAAUUUGGUUUGACUCUGGCAUGACAAAUGAAUCAGAGUUGUUUUCCUGCCAUGCUACAGCCGAACCAAACUGCAAUCAAGUUCAGCAUGGCAGAAGUAUGACAUCUGAACUGGGCCUCAAUGUCAAAAACAAAAUGAGAUUUAGUAGUAAAAGUUAAGACAAGUACUGUGUAAGUAGAAGGCCCAGCUUGAAACUCAAAUACCUACUCAGUGUAAAUAUGGUCAUUUCAUUAUUUUUUUAAAUUUUAUUCUGACGCCAACAAUGUGUUGUUAAGUAGCCUAAGAAAUAAAAUAGUACAGGGCAAAACAUUUUAAAAUGUUUAAAUUCUUGAAUCUGAUGUGCCUUUAAACCUGAAAAAGUUUCAUGGUAUCCUUAAGGUAAAUGUUACAGUUUAUUGAAUUUAAACAUUUGGCCCUGUGUUAUAUAUUUUUAAAAAGUGAAAUGUGUUUAUUUGUAUGGAAACCAACAUUUGGAAAGGGUGAUAUUAUGCUCUUUCACACUUACUGGGAAUCAUUAUUUUUAGAAAUUUUCCCUUAGGAUUUCUGUGAGUGAUGGAUGUAACAGUCACUGAGGAACAUUGUGUAAAUGUAGCCAUGUGUUGUGAUGCUAUGGUGCAAUGAUGAUCUACCAAAGCAAACAAAACCUUCCUACUUUGGGAAAUGGAAUCUAUCAAGGAGAGAUUUUUCCUGUGGAAGGGGAGCUACUCAACUUCAUUUUAUGAGGUGGGGGAGGUUCUGUCCUGAGGUCCACACCUGUACCAUUUUUCACAUAUAGCCCUUUCAUGUGGUGCCUGGUAGUACAUGAAGGAAACUGGUAAUUUUGGCUAAUAAUAGAGAAAUGUUUCCUAACUUUUCAGCUUUUUAAGGUGUGUCUGUUGGAAGGACCCUUUAGUGCAGUUUUCAGCUGAGUGUUAUAAAAUCAAAACUGAAGCAGUUACUCUGGGGCCAAUCACAACAGACACAGAAAAUCCACAAAACCAGUCAAAUUUCAAAGCAAAUACAUGUAGCAGACAUGAACUGUGAGAAAACAUGUGAGCAAGUCCCGAUUGGUUUUGCUUUUAUUUCUGACUUGAUGACAAAUUUUUUUCUUAAAUGACGGUUACUCCCUUAGUCUGUAAAGCAGUAGGGAAUCGUCAUCAGCCUAGGAGAUACCCCACUUUUAUAUACCUCUAAUCUAAAACGGGUCCCCCUUUUGGGACUACACCCAUCCUGGCCCACGACAUUGUGUAUUGAUUGGGCCCUAAUGAAAGCCUGAGUAUGGCAACCAUGGAAACAGGUCUACAGUUCAUCAGUGGCAGUUUAGUAGUAACAGUAUGGCUUUGAAUAAUUUAUUUAUAGAAUACUGUGGUCUGCUAUUUAAAGAAACCAUUACUUUCAUCGAGUCUAGUCAAAAUUUAAUUUUUUUAUGCACUGUGUAUUAAUAAAACAAUUCAGACCAAGCAAUUUAUUUGUUUCCAUGUGUGGUGCAAAAUAAAAAGAGAGCGAGUGAAAAUUAA